AUGCUCGGUACACUUCAUGUUGUCGCUGGCAUUGUUGCUUUGAUAGGCCUUCUCGUCUAUUACCAGUACUUUCGAAAGAAAAAUGUCUUAUUGAGUCUUCCUCCGGGGCCAAAGGGUCUGCCCAUCCUUGGUAAUAUCUGGGAUCUCCCACCACCGGAGAUUCCUGAGUUCCAGCAUUGGCUCAAGUUCAAGGAUCUCUAUGGCCCAAUCAGCUCCAUAACUGUAAUGGGCCAAACUUAUGUUAUCAUACACGAUAGAGAGGCAGCGUCUGACAUUAUGGGCAAAAUGUCGUUAAAGACCUCUAAUCGGCCGACAUCAGUUUUUGCAUUCGAGCUAUGUGGUUUUCAGAAGUUCACGUCAGGGAGACCAUACGACGCGACCUUCCGGUUACACAGGAAAUUUAUGCACCAACAGGCAGGCACAAAAACAAUUGCUUCGCAGUUCAAUGACGUUCAAGAUGUUGAGUCGCGGCGCCUUUUGAAACGGAUCCUAGAUGAUCCCAAGAACCUUCUCAAACACUUUAGGACCGAGGCGGCCGCCAUCAUCCUAAAGUCCGUAUAUGGCUAUUCCAUUGAGCCGCAAGCGGUCGACCCUUUGACGAAUUUGAUCGAGACGAUGAUGUUCAACUUUGGACUAGCCAUGACCCCCGCGGCAAGAUUGGUUGACAUGAUACCUGCUGUUCAGCAUCUGCCCGAUUGGUUCCCAGGCACAGCAUACAAGGAGAUAGCCCGGCAAUGGAACCAGGUCAACCAUGAUACAGUGAACAUUCCCUACUCGUUCGUUAAGCGGCAAAUAGCAAACGGCACCAAUCGCCCAUCAUUCGUAUCAAGUCUUAUUGAACGAUACAGCGGUAAAAAUGGAGAACUGGACAAUGACAAUGAGGAAGCCAUCAAGUGGGCGUCAGGUAUCAUGUAUGGCGGUGGUGCAGACACUACUGUAUCAACCUUGAGCGCCUUGAUAUUGGCCAUUGUUAUUUUUCCGGAAGUCCAGGAGAUGGCACAAGAGGAAAUUGACAGAUUGAUUGGCACUCAUCCAACUCGACUACCUGGGCUCGACGAUCAGGAACAGCUGCCCUAUACCUCAGCCAUUGUCAAGGAAGCUCUUCGAUGGUUCCCAAUUGUACCAAUUCCCACACCUCAUAUAACCGAUGAGGAUAUCAUCUAUGGUGGCUACCGCAUCCCCAAGGGAGCAAUACUGCGGCCCUCGGUGUGGUGGUUUCACCAUGAUCCUCAAACAUACCCUGACCCAUUUCGUUUCUCUCCGGAGAGGUUCCUCGAGCCGCGCAAUGAACCUGAUCCGAGCGAAGCAUUUGGCUACGGUCGCAGAAUCUGUCCUGGGCGAUACAUCGCUGAUGACAGUCUCUUCGUAACGAUCGCACGACUUCUCGCCACCUUCAACAUCAGUAAGGUGGUAGACGAGCAAGGGAUGCCGGUGGAGCCCAAAGUAGAAUAUUUGCCAGGGCUGGUUGCUCGUCCAGCGAGUUUCCCGUUUAGGAUCACCGUGAGAAGCGAGAAGCAUGAAGAACUCAUCAAAUCUAUCGAGGUGGACCAUCCUUGGGAGAAGAGCGACGCUGACCUUCUUGAGUCUGAAUACGACUUGACGGCCUACAAUUGA